AUGAAUUCCAGUGAUGACGAGUGGCGCAAUCCCCCCAGCCUGCUCGUGCAGAGAAAUGUGGGUGGGAGGGACGGGGAGGACGCCAUGCUGGCGGCGCGUAGACAAGCCAUGCAGCGGCAACGCGACGCCGCGGCGUUGGCCCCGAUUUCUCGUCAACAGAUGGUACAGCCAGCCGCCGUGGCGCCGGAGCAGCUGGCGGUGAAGCCGCCGGCGCCAGAAAAGCAGGAGACGGGGGUGACGGAGGAGAUGCUCGAAUCCCUGCGCCGUGAGUUAGACGCAAAGACAAAGUUGCUCGUGGCGGCAAAGGAAAAGGAAACGUCUCUGAGAGACAGGUGGCGUGCGCUGAAGGCGCAGCGACUUGCGGAGAUUGCACAACUGGAUGCCAAGCUUCGUCAACAGCAGGACGCCAUGGAAAAUGUAAAGGCGUCAGCGGAGCGGGAAGUUCUCGAGGCACAGGACGCGCAGCAGCAGCACCUAAAUGAGGAACGUGAUAGGGUUGCGGCCGCCAUUCGUGAGCAAUACGAGCCGCAGAUCACGGCUAUGCGUGCCGAGUUGGAAGGGCUACAGCAGCAGGAAGCCAAACUGCAGGAGGAGUUAGGCGUAGGGGACACUGUGAAGGACCUUGUGCACAAGUGCGUUGGUAGUGCGCUCCUCACUUUGUUACAGCGCGUGGAGGACAUGUUCGCAGCCGACGCCUCAACGAUGGAAGCCUGGGAGGACGACGUGCAACGCCUCGUGCGCCACGAAGUGCGUUCCUCGUUUGCCGUUACGACCGGCAGUGAGGCGCAACGGGAGCGCGAAGACUGCCAGAAGCUGUUUCAGGAGUCUCUUGACUUUUGGCGCAAGGCAGAAGAGGAGGCACGGGAACAGGUACUCAAAAUGGAUGAGCAGUUGCUGUUAGACACGCAGUCAAUGGUGCACGACGACCUUGAUCGGCUGCAGCGUGAAGAGCUAAGCAUGGAGGAGAUGUACGUGGAGUCGCGCGAGGCGUGGGCGUCGCAGCACCAAGAGAUGCUAAAACGCGAAUUGGAGGCAGCCAUGAAUCGCCGCGCCGCCGAACACGAGGAGCAGCGAGCGCUUCGUCAUCAAGUGCACUUGGAGCGUAUGAAGGCUGUGGAGGAGAACCACCACGACAUGCUAGAAAAGCAGCGAUGGAUUCACGAGAAGCACAUGGCGCUUCUGCGGGAGCAGCACACCAAGGAGGAACACCUCGCCGAACAACGGAGUCGUGUUAAUGCGGCCAUGCAAGCCGAUGUUGCGCGUGCCACAGAAGAAUUUAACCGCGUUGUGCACGCCGUUGAGGCGCUUUUGAAACGAAUGCAGGAAUAUCGAGCCACGAUUGAGGAUGGGCGCGCAGCACUAGAUGGGGAUCGUCGGCGGGCGUUAGAGGCCCGAGAAGAGACCCUCACAAUGCUUCAGGAUGUUGUCACAAAGCAAAGUGUCUCCGUUGGCGACGAGCACAACUCGCUUGUUGCGACGCUAAGCAAGUUGGAGGCUGUGCGCCGCACAAUGGAGCAACACCUUGAGGAGGAGCGUCUUUGGGUGGGAAAACAGGAGGCAAGGUAUGCACACGGCAAGACCGAGUGGGAGCAGGAGUACAGGCGAUGGAAACAAAUGGUGGAGGAUGAGAAAUGCAACGUGCAGGAACGCUUUGGCCGCGUGCUCGCGGAGCUGCGAGAGGCCACGGUCCAACUAGCUGAAGAGGAGCGUGACGCCCAGGCGGAGCAGGCCGCUAUGACGUCAUGGUUCCGCAACGCCAGCGACAAAACGGAGGCAGAAGUACGCCAACUACGUCUGCGGGAGGAGGAACUGAAGAGUCGGCACGCCGCGAUGGUAAAUCUUCAGGAAGAGAUGCGUCAGAAGACGGAGCAAGUAGAGGGACAGUGGCGGCGAUUGCGGCAGGAGCGGCAGGACCUCAUGAAGGACAACGAGGCGCUACGGGAGGAUGAAAUGCGGCUGCGUCAGACAAGGCAGUACCUGCGGCUGCUUCACGAACAGCUGGAGGGAAAACGUCUGGAGACGGCACGGGGGCAUGAGCAGAUAAAUGCCCUUCGUCACGAGCUGCAGCUCUCCCACGAGGCGGUAAAGAACAUGCCGAAGACAACGCCUGACGCCCGUCAAAACACGUCCAUCGGUUUGCCGUCGGCCUCCCGCCAUGUCAUGCCAACUGUCACACAAAACUGCAAUCGUCUGCCACUCCGGGUGCUCCACGAAUUGCGCGAGAUGCUUGGCAAAAAGGGGCGGCAUGUUCCGUUUGCGUCAACCGUAGCAGAACUGCCUCAGCCGGAGAAGAACCUCUCACACGCCUUCACGGCGGCCAACACCAGCCCACCGCGCCAAGUAACGGCGCCACAAAACCAGCGGCCGCCCCGCGAGCAGCCACGCCAGUCAAGGCCCCGGUACUUUGACCCGCUCGACAGCUCCAGAGACACCUCGACGCAGCUCUACGAAACCUCCAACAACAACUUUACGAGUCUUCUAAAUUUGUCGGACACGGAGUCGGUGCGGCAGUCACCACACAACUCCUCAUAG